AGUGGUGAAGGAAUUGAAUUGUUUCCAUUCACAAAACAACUCGUAACUUCAUAAGUUACUCACUUACUCGCCUUUCUUUUGCCUAAAAUUGCCAGCGUGGCACCGGAGUAAAAAUAAUAUAGCCUCACAAAUAAUCCACGUGUCCAUCUCGAAACCUCCACCCAUCUCUUAUUUCUCUUCCUUUCACUCCCGCCAUCGCCGUUCACCCUCUUCUCUCUCUCACUUUCUCUCUCCCUUUUUUUUUUUCUCUCUCUUCGUUUUAGCCUCUCUAACCGUUUUUCUCUCUCCUCUUACUUUGAUUCUCAGUUGAAUUAUCUCGAACAAAUCGGUUUCCGAUUUCGACUUUUUUUGUUUUUUUUUUGAAAUUUUGAUUAUGAUGUCAGAAAUUAUAGCUACAAUGUGUUCAUCUUCAAAUUCUUGUUGAUUCAUUCAUUCAUCUGUUUUUUUGAAUAAUCGGAAGGACUGCCAAGAGUUAGGAAGCGGAACAACCAGGCUUAAGCUUAAAACAACCUAUUUACGAUGUAAAGCAUCGAACUGAUUUGUACACCUGUCACUUAUCUUCUGAGGUUUUUUUGACCAUCAAGAUGGCUCGUAGCUCUAAUGUGUUCAGGGGGACUCCUCCUCCAGGGAUUUCUCUUAUAAGAAAAUUGAGAGGCAAAGAUUGGAGUUUUAAGUCAUACAGAUAUGCUGUUCUGUUAAUUACCUUUAUUGCUUACACUUGUUAUCAUGCUUCCAGAAAACCUAGUAGCAUAGUGAAGAGUGUUCUGGAUCCUGAACGAGAUAAAUCUACACUGUCAAAUAUCUGGCCUAUUGGGAAUGUUUUUGUCAGGGAAGAACUAUUUGAUAGUGAUGUAAACAGAUUAACGAAGAAAGGCUGGGAACCUUUCGAUGGAAAAGAUGGGACGUCAAAAUUGGGUGAAAUUGAUGUUGCAUUUCUUGCAUGCUAUUCCAUGGGUAUGUAUGUUGCUGGUCACCUGGGGGAUAGUCUUGAUCUGCGGCUGUUCUUGACUACUGGCAUGAUUGGUAGUGGCAUAUUUGUUGCACUUUUUGGAAUGGGUUACUUCUGGAAUACUCAUGCUUUUUGGUUCUUUCUACUGAUGCAAAUGAUUGCUGGAUUGUUUCAAGCUACAGGUUGGCCCUCUGUGGUUGCUGUUAUUGGUAAUUGGUUUGGCAAAAGAAAGAGGGGUUUGAUAAUGGGUAUCUGGAAUGCUCAUACAUCUGUUGGGAAUAUUACCGGGUCUCUACUUGCAGCUAGUGUUUUGGAGUAUGGAUGGGGUUGGUCUUUCAUUCUUCCAGGAGCUUUAAUUUUUUCCGGAGGCAUUUUGGUUUACUUGUUCUUGGCUGCCUAUCCUGAGGAUGUGGGUUUCCCUUGUCCUUAUGCUUCGAAGAAUGAAGAGACAGGGCCGAGUAAGCUAGAAGCACAGAGUUGUAAACUUGAAUCAAAUGAUGGUCAACCACAUGUUGCCCCUCAAUCGUCUUCAACUUCCAGGAGAAGUGUCGGGCUCUUUGAAGCAUGUUUGAUACCAGGGGUGAUACCUUUUGCCUUGUGUCUCUUCUUCUCGAAGCUUGUGGCAUACACUUUUUUAUAUUGGCUACCAUUCUAUCUUAGUCAGACAGCAAUUGGUGGAGUUUAUGUUUCUGUAAAGUCUGCAGGAAAUCUUUCCACUCUCUUUGAUGUAGGGGGCAUCGUAGGUGGCAUAGUUGCUGGCCACCUCUCUGAUAAACUUAAUGCUAGAGCUAUUACUGCAGCCACUUUUAUGUACCUUGCAAUCCCAUCAAUGCUGCUAUAUCGUUUUUAUGGUGGUGAAUCCAUGACUAUGAACAUUGUCCUCAUGAUGGUUGUUGGAUUGUUUGUCAAUGGACCGUAUGCACUCAUAACUACGGCAGUUUCUGCGGAUUUGGGCACUCACAGUUCGCUGAAAGGGGAUUCUCGCGCACUGGCAACUGUUACUGCUAUCAUUGAUGGUACAGGUUCAGCAGGUGCAGCAUUGGGUCCUCUUCUGACUGGAUUCCUUUCAAGAAAGGGAUGGGAUGAGGUCUUCCUGAUGCUGAUGAUUGGAGCUCUGAUCGCUGGCCUUCUGCUGUCACGGCUGGUAAUAACAGAAAUCAGUGAUUUUCUUAAAAGGAAUCAAUCUAAUAAUGCACAAAGCACCACAGGUUCUGAAUCUCAACCUCUUCUGAGUGACCAAAGGUGAAGAAUGGGACCAAAGGUGAAGAAUGGGUGUGAGAUAUGGCACUCAACCACAGGAGCCUUAUCCAAGAACAAGAAGUUGAGUCCAUAUGUCAAUGCUAUACUGCAACAGUGGUCCAAUAAGUUUAUUUCAUAAAUCGGUCAUUGACCUUUUUGAACUUGCAGCAAUGAUACUUGACAAUGUGGUUCGUUUUAGCGAAUUUAGGGUCUUUUGUUUCAAUUUAUUUAAGUUUUUGUCGUAUGCCAAUGUAUGUAAUUGUAUCAAAGCCAAGAGCUUAGAUUUUGUUUUGUUUUGUAGGGCAAUGAGUUUGCCUUUGGUGGUACCAUAAACGGAUUAUUAUCCGAAAGUAGGGGCACUAGAUUUUUUUGUGCUUGAGUUAACAGAGGGUUUUGCCGCCUCAGUUUCUGGCUUUCUGCAACAAGUUGCAGAUAAAUUGUACCUUAUUAGAGUCACAAGUUGAUAGAACUGGUCCUUGUUAAAUUGAAGAUUGUAUUCCUUUCACUUGCUGGUAAUUAUUAUCUUUGAUAAGAAUAAAAGAAGUUAUUGAAGCAA